CCAUUUUCUCCACCGCUUACUUUAUGGCAAAAAACCGAAGCCUGAGCUCCCCUGCUCUCUUCGUCUCUCUCUGGUUCUUGUUUUUUUUCCUCCUCUUCUUUUUUUCUUGCUUCUCCCUUUCGCGUCAAUAGAAUCUUCUACCGCAACGAGUUCUGGCAAGGAAAAUAUUCUCGCAUAUGAUCGAGAUUGCUUAAGAUAGAUUACAUAAUAUCGGUUCUGUGUUUCGUUGCCGCAAAGAUUUGAGAAAAAGUGGUUGAUGGCAUGCCUUGAGCUGGAUUCUCCACAACUUUUUUCAAAUUGCCUAUCAUAUGAUGGUCCCUUCAACCUGCAUCUAGACGGAAGCAUUUCUGCUGAACUUUUAGCUGUGUCGGAUGCUUGCACAUCUUCUCAAUCCCAUUGUAGUAACAUCCCGAAGCCACCUCCACUCCCAGGAGCAUCCUAUAGCAGAAACAAAUUCUACAAAAAACUACAGGGUUACAGUUAUGUUCCUGAUGAAACGAAGCAUGCAUGGGACAGACUUUUUUAUGACGGAUAUGAAGCUGACGUCCGUGUUCUUACAGAUGACAAGGGCAUAAUUUUGGCACACUCAAGUGUUCUUGGUAUUACAUCUCCUGUGCUGAGGAAUAUGUUAGAACUAGCAAGAGAAAAAGAGGGAUUUCGAUGUAUUAAAAUUCCUGGUGUGCCUUCAGAAGCUGCCCGUGCAUUUAUCCGAUUUCUUUACUCUUCAUGUUUCCAAUGCAGCUAUGAACCGGAUGCAGUGAAGAAAUUUGUUCUUCACUUGCUUCUCAUGUCACACACAUUUUCAGUCCCUUCACUGAAAAGGGCUUGCAUCAAAGAACUGGAAACAACAUUGCUGACCUUGGAGAAUGUGGUUGAUGUGCUUCAGUUAGCCAGACAGUGUGAUUCACCGCGCCUUUCCCUUUUAUGUACUCAUUUGAUCAUUAAAGAGUUCAAGACCAUCUCAGUGUCAGACGGGUGGAAAGUAAUGAAGCAAGCCAACCCCUGUCUCGAGCAGGAGCUUCUCGAGACUCUGGUGGAGGCAGAUUCUAAAAAGCAGGAAAGGGCAAAAAAGAUGGAAGAAAGAAAGGUGUACAUGCAGCUGUUUGAAGCAAUGGAAGCUCUUUUGCACAUCUGCAGAGAUGGGUGUCGGUCCAUUGGUCCUUGUGACAAGAUGCUCAAAGACAACCAAGCUGCUUGCAACUUCUCAGCUUGCAAGGGACUGGAGUUACUGGUCCGCCAUUUCUCAGUUUGCAAGACUCGUGUCCCAGGUGGUUGUGCACAUUGCAAACGGAUGUGGCAGCUUCUUGAGCUUCAUUCCUGCAUGUGUUCUGAAACACACUCUUGCAAGGUCCCCUUGUGCAGGCAUUUCAAGGAUAAGAUGCAGCACAUAAGCAAGAAGGAAGAACUGAAAUGGAACCUGUUGGUCAGCAAAGUGAUGGCAGCGAAAGGAACUAUCAGCUCCAUCUCUGCCCGGAGAAACUUGGUAAUAUAAAACUCCAUUGUGAGCAACAGAGGGGAUCAGAAGUGUAUCUUAACGAAUAAGUGCUAUGAGUACCGUCCAUGUAUCUAUGUUAAAAUAAGCAUUGCCUGUACUCAUCUAGGUUGCCAAAGCUUGUUGCACCGUGACGGUGCCACCGUAUGUAAAGAAAUUAUAUCACGACCUAUGCAGAACUUGAGAGUAAAUUUCAGUGCUAAAUUAUCAUAUGUCAUUCUAUCCAUCUUUUCCCUGGGGUGGUCAUGCAUGGAUCUUGUAUUCUGGUGACUGUAACAAUAUGGUGGAAUUGAACAAAAUUUUGUAUCACUGUACAUUUUGUGCCUUCUCCUAUAAAUAAUAUGAACUCAUGUUCUUUGGA